AUGGAGAAGCGCACGGCCAGCAACGAUGCGGUCACGAAUCCAUCCAGCAAGCGAUCAGCCAUUGACCACAAUGACCAAGGCCACAAUGACCAAGCAGCAGUCGACGACGAGCUUUCCAGUAUCAAUGAUUUGCUUCAAGAUGAAGAGACAUCACAAAAACAAACUUGGCAAAUUGGGAAACGGGUGAAACGGCUGCUGGAAAGUCAUGAAAAUUUACCCAUUUCUAAACAGCUGGAUGCUUAUUUCCUGUGGGGUACGGCAUUGACUCGUCUUGCGUCAUUAAAUGAGGAUCCGACGUUGGCAGAUGCUGCGGCGGACAAGUUCGAGCAGAUGAUGCAGUUGAGCAACGGUGGAGCAGAUGAAGACGUUGUGGAUGCAGCUUUGGGUCCUGUGGGUUUCUCGCUCUGGGGCUCGUCGCUGCUAAUUGUAGCGACGGAGACGCAGAGUCGAGAAGUUCUAGAUCGAGCAUUGGCCAAAUUCCAGCGAGCAGUGAAAGUGGACGGGGGAACAACGUUUGAGACGAGAUUUCAAUUUGCAAAGGCACUAAAGGAAGGAGGAGAUUUGGUGACAUUUUUGGAACAAGAGGAAGACAAAAAAUGUGUGAAGAAGAGUAGCUACUACAAAAGAGCUUUGCAAAUAUGUAGGAGGCUGGAAGAAAUUUAUCAGGUGGAGUCGCAGAAACAAGAAGAGCAUGUGGAGGAGAGUGAAGACGACGACAAGGUAACAGUGCAAGACUUUGCCGAAGCAAAGUUGCUUGAAGCGGUGCUUCAAGGUCUGCUUGAAGACUCGAGCAGUGUUGAUGAUUUCCAUCGCACUAUCGCACUCUAUCAAGAAGCUAGUGCACUCAAUCGUGGUAGUGCUGAGGCGCUAACAGAGAUGACCAACUAUUUAGCUGCAAGAUGCUUGAAGCGGGCUACUUUAGGCGCAAAGUUCAUAGUUCACGAGUGGACCAAGCUGUUUGACAACCUGGAAGCGGAGUACAAAAGUUUGCUGCUCGACGCUGGUUUUGAUUUGCAAGAGUGUCACAACAUCUGCCACCGUAAGGAUACCCACAAUCAGGAAGGGCUGGACGAGGAGGAGGUUGAAGAGCAAGUGCCUCAUUUGCUCAAUACGCUCGGGAAAGGACUAGCCGCGUUUGUGCGGUCCUUUCCACAUCUAGUAGACGGCGCUGGUCAACAGAAGAAGAAACAAAAGCGAAAGCGCCAUGAGGUGAGUGGAAACGCACGCUUUACGCAUGCCGUUGAAAUACUUCGCUCUGCUCAUCACUUUCACGACAAGCUCGGCAGUUAUUACCUGGCUUGCUUGUAUGCAUCACCGGCGUUUGAAGACGAAGUGCAAUGUCGUACUUGGCUUGAAACUGCGGACAGCUACGGUGCUCUAGAGGAUGAAUUUGACGUACAAGAGUUUACAACAAUGCACGACAAGGCGUGGUUCAAGCGUUUGGCACAGCCACAAGUGCAAAUAGAUGAAAUUGAUGGUUAA